CAGCCCCGCGCGGCGGAGCGGGGCGGCGGUGCCGCGCGGCCGCUCCUGGAUGCCCCUCCCCGCCUCACCGGCUCCGCGGGAAGCGGCAGUGGGCGCAGCCUCCGGCCACGGGCGGGGAAGGCGGGAGGGUCCAGCCCCUUACCCGCUCGGAACCGGACCUCGGCUCCGCGGGUGAGGGUGCCUGCCUGCCGGGCCCACCCCGCCAUGACACGGUGGCAGAUGGCGGGGCUGGCGCUGCUCCUCUGCCUGCUGCGGCCGGGCAGUGCCGCCCUCCCGGCGCCUGCAGGCAGCCGGCUGCGGGAGGAGGGCGGCGGCGGCCGGGAACGAGAGGAAGCGGCAGCUCUGCGGGAAAGCGCUGAAAGAAUUAGAUUAUUGAAUUCAUUAUCAAGAGAUAAUACAACUGCUGUCUAUGGAAUAAAUCAGUUUUCUCACCUGUUUCCUGAGGAGUUCAAAGCUAUUUACUUGAGAAGCCUACCUCACAAACUUCCCAGAUACAUAAAAGUGGCAAAGGGGAAGGAAAAGCCUCUGCCAAAGAAGUUUGACUGGAGGGACAAGAAAGUCAUUGCAAAAGUGAGAAAUCAGCAGACAUGUGGUGGCUGCUGGGCUUUCAGUGUUGUAGGUGGGAUAGAGUCUGCCUAUGCAAUUAAAAGAAACACCCUGGAAGAGCUGAGUGUGCAGCAAGUUCUUGACUGCUCAUACAAUAACUACGGCUGCAGCGGGGGAUCCACUGUUAGCGCUUUGAGCUGGCUGAACCAGACAAAAGUAAAACUCGUGAGAGAUUCAGAAUACACUUUUAAAGCUCAGACAGGACUGUGCCAUUAUUUUGAGCGCUCAUAUUUUGGAGUUUCAAUAACAGGAUUUGCUGCAUAUGACUUCAGUGGUCAAGAAGAGGAAAUGAUGAGGAUGCUUGUCAGCUGGGGCCCUUUAGCAGUGACAGUCGAUGCUGUUAGCUGGCAGGAUUAUCUCGGUGGAAUCAUACAAUAUCACUGCUCCAGUGGAAGAGCAAACCAUGCUGUUCUUAUCACUGGUUUUGACAGAACAGGUAGCAUCCCUUUCUGGAUUGUACAGAACUCAUGGGGACCAACAUGGGGAAUAGAUGGCUACGUUCGUGUUAAGAUAGGCAGCAAUGUCUGUGGUAUAGCAGAAACAGUUUCAGCAGUAUUUGUUUGACAUUUCUCUGGGCCUCUACAACUGGUCCAAGGCCACAAGUAUCAUGAGGAGAGACACUGUAUAUGAAGACGUAAUUCAAAACACGAUUUUCAAAUAUGAGAAAUGGCUGUAAGCAUUUCCUUCAACUCGUGGCUGAAGUUUUUAAAAAUGUUUUUAUUUGGAAUUUGUGUUGAGUGCCAUAUUUCUCAUGGAGUAAGAAGACUCAACUGCAGAGUGUACCAAUAGUAGUUAUAAAGAUGGACUGAAAUCUCAAAUGUAAGCUUUAUCUAGGUGUUGAAUACUACUCCAUAGAAAAAUUUUAAAAGGAAAAAAAUUAUGACAAAAAAAGAAGGAAUUUGGAUCAAAAAAUCAAUAGUGUAAGAGUAUACUUGAAAUCAUUUGAAUAUGAGAAGAAUCAUGAGUAACAGUUUAAAAAGUCAGCAAUUACAGAAUAUAUAUAUAUAUAUAUAUAUAUAAAUAUAUACAUAUAUAUAUAAAAUAAAUAUAUAAUAGUGUAAGUGUUUAAUUUCCCUCAUUAAUUGAAAUCAGAGGUGGGACUUGCUGGUAAUAAAAAGAUAUUCCAGCUUUGCUGAGCUGUGAAACUGCAUCUGUGGGCAAAUGUAACUAGAACUCACAAUGUAAUGUGUAAUUCUAAAAUGCUUUGAAUUUUUCACCUGGAAUGCUUUACCUGUAUCUUUUAAGAAGGCCUGCUGUGAAAAUUAUGUAAAUUAUGUAAUUUUUGCAUUCAAUUACUGUACCAUGUUUUUAGAUUAGUUUUUUAUAACCUUUUUAUGACAAAUGCAAUGUGUAUUUAUAAUUGUCUAUUGUUAAGUGUCACUGUUUUAGUCCUUCUAAUUGUUAGUAUUUUAAAUGAAAGGAAGACCAAGUGUGAUGUUUCUCUACUUCAGGUUUUGCUAUUUACUGAAUUUACUUGGCUGAAGAGUUCAGUUUUAAAAAAUGUGAAGUCUUCUGUACUCUGAGUGCUGUGUAGUCUGACCUUCCCUGAGUGGCUUACAAACAACAGAUAGCACACUUCCAUAACUGGAAAACAAAGUCCCUGAUGGGCAUGAAUAAGGGUGAUAUAGUCAUAGCAAUAUGAAAUACAGAUGUACCUCCAGUGGUUUUGAGGUGCUAUGGCCAGGUAUAAGUAUCUGAAAUGCUGUGGUAGAGAGAACUUACCAGAAACUCCAGCCCACAGUGUUUGUGUCUUUCCAAAAGAAGCACUUAAAAAGACUAAAGUCCAUUUAAUGUGAAGAUGACUCUCCUUUUUCAAUAUUCUAUAGCCAAAGUUGCCUUUUUAUUGUAUAACAGUUUGAAUAAAAAUCACUCUAAAUGCC